UUUUAACGUUUAUUUAUUUUUGAGACAGAGAGAGACAGAGCAUGAAUGGGGGAGGGGCAGAGAGAGAGGGAGACACAGAAUCGGAAGCAGGCUCCAGGCUCUGAGCCAUCAGCCCAGAGCCCGACGCGGGGCUCGAACUCACGGACGGCAAGAUCGUGACCUGAGCUGAAGUCAGAGCCUUAACUGACUGAGCUACCCAGGCGCCCCUAUUUUUUUAAUUAAAAACAUUUUUUUAAGUUUAUUUAUUUAUUCUGAGAGAGAGAGAGAGAGAGAGAACGAGCAGGGGAGGGACAGAGAGAGAGAGAGAAUCCCAAGCAGGCUCUGCACUAACAGUGUGUAGCCUGAUGCAGGGCUUGAACUCAUGAACCAGUGAGAUGACCUGAGCCAAGACAAGAGUUGGACGCUUACAACUGAGCUAUCCAGGCGCCCCUAAGGAGCAUUUUAUAUUUGAAAAGUUGUUCAUUAUUUAAAUAGAUUUUUUUCAUUCUUCCUACAUGAACGGUUGCCUGUGGUAUGAAUUAUAAACUGCCUCAUAAAGCGAACAGAUUGAGACUGAAGAUAAUUUUCUGAAACUAAUACAUGGAUUAAAUCACUCAGUAGGACUUUUAUGGUGGAAAUGCUUUGUAAAAGGAAUGAACCAAUCCACCUCCACUUGUGCAGAUUGUUUAGAUUCUCUAGCAUUUUGGACUGGAUCUGCUAGAACAUAGUAGAUGCUUGAUUCAAAAAAAAAAAAAAAAAAUUGUUGACCAAACAAUGAAGAGGGGGAUUCAGUCUGUCUUCUGUUCACAGGUCUGUUGCAGAAUUGCUUGAGUUCUAGGAUGACCCAGGACCAGUUCCUAGGUCCUUCUGGAGAAUAUGUAACACACGUAUGGGUAUACUCUAAGGCUGGAGAGUCACAGGCCAACUUCUAAGAUUUCAGAGAAGGGAGAGUUGACUUCCACCUGAGUCGGGGGGUGGUCAGGGAAGGCUUUGAACAAAAGAGAGAAAUCAAUCCAGGCCCCCAAAAUGAGUAAUCUCUAUCUAUGCAUGCAUGGGGAAGAGUAUUUUACAAAGACAACAUCAGGGUGAUAUAGAGAAACACUUUGCUUGUGCCAGUGAAGGGAUCCCCCCAAAGAAUGAAAUAAUCAAGCUGUACCUUUCUUCCAAUGACUUGUUUGACAGAUACAGCCUGUUAGAGAAAUUUACUUCACAUGACCUAGAGAAAGAAUCUUUCUCUUUUAGAACAAGUACCACAUUGCAGAUGCCAUUUGGGAAAAUCCAGUGUUUUUUACUAUCUGAAAGUGGGCAUACUUCGCAGGAAUUUCUAGGUGUGUUCACAUCAGGAGGACUUGCUCCCAGCUUGGAAAUUAUAAACAGUACAUAUACAGGCAUCUUCCACUUUAACUUAACUUUGUUCAGUGAUCGACUUUACUGGUUGAUUGAAAUUCCCAGAGAAAACAUUACGAAAAAUACAGAUAUUGCAGCUGUAGAAGAAUGGUUAGUAAGGAUCACAUUACAACACGGAUUACAUAUUUAUACUACUGAAGGAACACUAUUGGAUAAUGUCCGAGAACCUAUUCUUCAGGGAGAUCUCGGGGCCAUAAUGACAAAAAAUGAUAUCAGCAAAGUGUAUCAGCACGUGAUGGAUCUCAAAGUGGCAAAAUGCCCCUGUGCUAACGAUGUAGCGUUACUUGGCUUCAUUUUGAAUGAAACCUACAACGGUAUUUACAUAGGCCUCAGUUUUUCUGGAUUUUGGAAUUACAGUGAUACCACGUGGUAUAACCUGACAGAUACGAUCUAUUCCCAAGUUGGAGAAGAACACACAAAGCUUUCAGUGGUGGAUAUGGUUUUAACCAAUCACUUUUUAGUUAUCCUCACCUCUCUGGGUCUUUUUGUAAGUGGAGAUCUCCGUUAUCCAUCAUCCUCUGUCUUAACGUUUUCAAGGGCAGACUUUUGUGGUUUCGAAAGGGUUGACUAUGUCAAAGGAAAAUUGUGGUAUAAUGAAAAAUGUUUUGCCAACAGAGAACACUUUGAAGUUGAUUAUGUUACUAUCACCUUUGAGAGAAACAGGACCCUGAGUGAGUCGAGCUCUUGUUUUUACAGCAAAGAACCACUCCGUCAAUGGUUACCUUGCUUACCUCACAUUUUAAAAGGAAGGAAAACUAUCACUUCAGCUCUGGCAACGUUUCUUGUUGACCAAGAGCACAGUGCUGGAGUCUACCUCUUCUCCAACCAGAAAACCACCACUGUCUCUGUGAGCACCCUAAAAAAUAACAAACCAGGAUUAAAACCAAAAUUUCCACUUUUCGUAUUUCCUUCAUCAUUCUCGUCUCCUGUGGGAAUGGUAUUCCAUCCGCGAAGCCAUUUUCUGUAUGCUUAUGGUGAUCAGGUAUGGUUUUCGAUCGACGGCGGCAACACUUUCGAAUUUUUAGCGGACUUUCAUGAUGAUAUCAUAAAGAACACUUACCAUAGUUUUUAUACUUCAGAUAUUACUUUUGUUUCCCAAAGUGGAAAUGUUUACUUGACGAAAGCAGGAUUAAGAAGAUAUAGUAAAAUCGGAUCUAUUAAUGACGAUAUCUUCACAUUAUACUACGACCACAUGGGUUUCAUACAUAAACUGACUCCAGACCAUUUUGAAGCUGGUGGGUCAUUUGCAGCCUUUGGAAAUUCUAAAGGUAUUUUUGGACAGCCUCCUGACAUGGGCUUCGAAACUGCACUCGCGCCACAGUUUAUCACUUUAAAAGAAGUGGUUUUUUUUGCGUACGUCCCCACAAACGAACCUCAGGAAAGUAGAUACACCAAGAAAUUCAGCAACAUCCACUUGGGAAAAGUGAUACACUCCAGGAAAACUGGAACAGCUUAUAUAAGAGAGAUACUACAACAUAACCUUACUGAAGGAUUUUUGUCCUCUGUUAUUGUGGAAGUGAUAGACCCUUUUGGAAUAGAAGAAGUGAACGAGAGCUCUUGUUUGUCUAGUUCCCUUUCCAUUACUCAAACUGGCAAUGUCACCUAUAAACUUACUCUUCAACCGCAAACCUCAGGUACCAUUUCUUCAUUUCAAGAUCUGGAUGUGGAGAAGACCGUGGUGAUUCCUGGUUACAGCAGCUUCAUGAUCAUAAGCAUUUUAGAUGAUAAGAAUGCCUUGGCUAUUGCUACCAUGCCUGCAAAAGUACUCAACAAUAUGACCGUCCCCAAAGACUCCUGGUUCUUAUACAACUUUGGGCACAGGAAUGGACGAAUGUGGAAAAUAUAUGCAAAACCAUGUAAUUACUGGUUUCAACAACAUGAUGAUUCCCUAUCCCUCAAUGUCCUGAAAUACAUUGAUCUGGGGAAGUCUCAUACUUUAAAAGUUAAGGUCAUACCUAAUACAAAAGGUGUUCGAACACUUGAAAUACCACUACUGAAUGUCAUUGUUGGAAACCCAAAUUUGUUAGAAGUUAAAACUGAAGGCUCUUUCGAUGAUACUGAUAGUUAUGUAAUGAAAAUUUCUGCAGCUAGCAAAGCUUUACGUCAAGGUUCAACCUCAUUGGCGUUAGUUGUCUGGGGAGCAUCUACUGAGUGCUUUGUCACAACAGUCGUGCCAACAUUGAAAAACAGCUGUAGUUAUCUCAAAUCCAUGCAUCAUAUUCCGAGUAAACCUAUCCCACUGGAAGACUGGACUAGUGGCAUUCACAAAGACAGUCAGGGGUUCAAUAUGAUCAAAACUUUGCCGGUCAACUACCGGCCUCCAUCUAAUAUGGGGAUUGCCAUUCCCCUCACAGAUAAUUUUUACCAUGCAGACCCUAGCAAACCCAUACCGAGAAAUCUAUUUCCUAAGUCAAAGAAAUCUGGUAAAUUCAAACAGUGUGCUAACGCGUCUACUCGGGAAGAGUGUAAUUGCACAAAUGACCAGAAAUUUUCACAUGCUGUUGCUUUCUCAGACUGCAGAGAAAAGGUUCCUCGUUUUAAGUUUCCAGUUACACAAUAUCCAAUUUCUUUGGAAAUUUACAGUGAGGAUGGACAUAUCCCAGUGGAAAUGCCGUAUCUGGUUACCGUGACUGAAGUGAACAGGAGGGAAAAUUGGAAACUAAAACACAGUGUACCAGAGAAUGUAAAAAAAUUGAAAGAUUACUUAGAACCACGUCUUGAUGCUCCAGUGUAUAAUCCUUUAGGCCUCAACUUAAGUAUAAAGGGCUCUGAACUUUUUCACUUCAGAGUGUCUGUUGUUCCGGGCGUCACUUUUUGCAACUUAGUUGAAGAAUUUCAGAUUUAUGUUGAUGAAGUACCAUUGCCAUUUCCAGGACACACACUUAUUGCUGUGGCCACAGCUGUAGUGCUGGGGGCAUUGAUUUUUAUAACAUUUAUGCUUCAAAUACGUAACAUCCACCCAGGUGAUAUGUUCCAAAACUUUAUGACAACAAACAAAGUGAACUUAUCAAAUCUCAGCAUCAAUCAGCUGCCUUAUAGAUGAAAAUCUGAAUAGUGAGCAAACAAUAAUCACAAUUCUCUCUUUAUUUCCUGUUUUUAUUAGACAAUUCCUAGAACAAUAUGUUUAAAUGUGAAUAUAAAAAUGAGAUAAAAUGCUAUUACCAUUCGACUCAUUAUAACUCAAAUUGCUAUUUGUCAGUGUGUUUACCAUUCUGUUUUCCUAUUUUAAAUACAUGAAAAUUUAUUUAUUUAUUUGUUUAUUUAUUUAUUUAAUUUAAUCCUUACACCCAAUGUAAGGCUCAAGCUCACAACCCCAAGAUCAAGAGUCACGUGCUCUUCUGCUGAGCCAGCCAGGUGCCCCUACGUAUACGGAAAAUUUCUUUUUUUAUUUUUUAACGUUUAUUGAUUUUUUAAGAGACAGAGAGAGACAGAGCACUAGUGGGGUAGGGGCAGAAAGAGAGGGAAACACAGAAUCCGAAGCAGGCUCCAGGCUCUGAGCUGUCAGCACAGAGCCCGACGCGGGGCUCGAACUCACAGACCGUGAGAUCAUGACCUGAGCCAAAGUCGGACACAACCGACUGAGCCACCCAG